AUGCCGCUGCCCUGCCUCUCCGGCCUCACCACGUCCCAGGUGUUCACCAUCGUUGGAGGCGGUCGCGUGGGUCAAGCGAUUGCGGACAUGGGACCGGGCGGCGAUGUGGUGGUGACCCGGGGCCAGCGUGUGGAAGGCCCCCCUGGACCCAUCGUGGUGUGCACCCGCAACGAUGACCUGCAGGUGAGCCGUCGGACCCCGCGUGUGACUCCCCCGCACCUGGUGUUCAUCCAGAACGGAAUGCUACAGCCUUGGUUGGACGAGCGCGGACUGGGCGAGAACACGCAGGUGCUGGUGUACUUCGCGGUGGCGAAGAAGGGCGACAGGCCGACGGACGGCAAGACGGACGUGAACCCGGAGGGGCUGACAGCGGCGUACGGCAGACAUGCGCAGGCGGUUGCAGACCGGCUUCACUCCGGAGGACUCAGUUGCAAGGUGCUCGGUAAGAAGGACUUCACUCGGGCCAUGUUGGAGAAGCUGGUUUGGAUCAGCGCCUACAUGCUGGUGGGUGCCAAGCAUAAGGUCUCUGUGGGACAGGUGGAGGCGCAGCACACGGGAGAGGUUUCGGAGCUUAUCCGGGAGCUAUGUACGGCAGGGGCGGCGGAGCUGGGUGUGGAGCUGGCGGGGGGAGAGGUGGAGCGGCUUAACGCUUACGCGCGCUCCGUAGCUCACUUCCCCACUGCAGUCAAGGAGUUCUCAUGGCGCAAUGGUUGGUUCUACGGGCUGACCCAGAAGGCGCUUACCGCAGGGCGGCCGGAUCCAUGCCCCCUCCACACCCAAUUGCUGACAGAGGUCGGAGCAGUUUGA